GAUAACUGGGGGUGGGGGAUUGUGGCGUGCGGUGCCAGUCCUCGGGGAGGAGUCCUCCCGGCCGGCUCGUAGGCUCCCGCUGGGCACCUGCAAGAUGACGGCGUCCCGCGCACCGCGCACCAGCUGUCCCUGCUGCCCGGAGAAGCGCUUUUCUUGGCGCUUGGUCGGGAUCCUAUUGGUGGCCCCAGUGCUCCUGCUUUCUCUAAACUCUGAUGCCUGUGGUGAACCACCAAAAUAUGACUCUAUGACGCUGAAGAGUAUCCUUAAAAACUAUUAUGCAGUUGGGGAGAAAAUAUUUUAUGAGUGUAAUCCAGGGUACUACAUUACGUUUCCUGUCUCGACUUAUUGUGAGAAGAAUCACUCAUGGUUCCCUAUCCCAGAAGGUUGUUCAAAGAAAGAAUGUAAUUAUCCAAGAAUCAAAAAUGGUGAAUUUGUUUUCCCAAAUUUCACCUCGGGAUUUAAUGAUCAAGUUCACUUUCAUUGUGAUGAGGGUUAUCACUUAGAAGGAAAUGCAAUUUUGACUUGUAACCUUCAAGGAGAUGAGGUGUAUUGGAGUGAUGAAUUCCCACAAUGUGAAAAGAUUUACUGUCAACCACCUGCAAAAAUAAAAAAUGGAAAACACACCAAUAGCCACAGAACUAUUUUUGAAUAUAAUGAAUUAAUUACUUUUAGUUGUAAUCAUCUAAAAGGAUCAGAUCAAUAUUCCCUUGUUGGAGAAAGAGAACUUACUUGUAUUGAGAAAAACAAGUGGAGUAGUCGCCCUCCUCAGUGUAAAGUGGUCAAAUGUGACUAUCCAGUAAUUGAACAUGGAAGACUGAUAGCAGGAAUCAAAGAAAAAUAUUACUACCAAGCAAUGGUUCUACUUGAAUGCCUCCCAGGCUUCUAUCUUAAUGGCAGCAACAGAGUGUUCUGUGGUGAGAAUAGUACUUGGGAUCCUAAAAUACCAAAAUGUAUUAAAGGUUUCAAGCCUACUCAUCCAACCAAACCUCCAGUUUCAAGAUAUCCAGGUUAUCCUGAGGCCAACGAAUAUCUAUCAAUUGACGACUUUGAAGAAUUAGAUGUAGGCAUCCUUGCUGUGAUUGUUCUCACUAUCCUUGUUGGCAUCGUGGUACUUUGCACCUGCCUGUACAGAUGUCUUAAAAGGGAGAAGAAAGGAUUGGACUAGUGGCUGAGAUUAGAUUUAGAACUGUUCACUGUGAAGACUUGGGAUGGUUAUAUGCACUGGAAUUUUUACGAUGGAAGUUUCCAUCUGUCUAUGCAACUCAGGUAAUUAUAAAAAGGUAUGUAAAUUCUCAUGCAAAUGCCCAACCUGAUUUGCUUUUAUUUAGAGUCGAUACUUAUCCUUGUUAAACUGGGGAAGGAAGAGCAGCACCAUUUCAUUUCCCUCUUACGUUCUCUUAAUUUACUAGGUUGCCAUAAAACUGAUGGGGUUUAUUAACAUUACUGACGGGUAAGAUUUACAAGGCACUGCAUCAGCUCUAUUCUUGUUUUUAAUCUAUAGAACAGCAAAAAAGAAGAGGCUUAUAAUAAAAAAAAAGUGUACAAGUACAUAUCUUCUAGGGAGAAUAGAGUUUUUAAACAUCAAACUUAAAUUUUAAUGAAAUCUCUUUCAAUUUAGCAAAAGACAUAGAACAAAUCCUAGAGCACAGACUAAGAUUAGGUGCUUUGAAAUGUCUGAUUUGUAGUGAUUUUUUUUUUUUUUUUUAGGAAUUUUCUUUCCCUGUAGCUUUGGAAAUAGAUUUAAGAUCAAAUCUAACAAUUUUUUUAAAGAUUUAUUUAUUUACUUACUUACUUACUUGAGAGAUAGAGUGAGAGAGCACAGAGGGAGAGAGAGAAGCAGACUCCCCACUGAACAGGGAGCCCCAUGUGAGGCUCCAUCCCAGGACCCUAGGACCAUGACCUGAGCUCAAGGCAAAUGCUUAACUGCCUGAAACACCCAGUCACCCCAACUCUAAUCAUUUUAAGGCUCUUGGUAUUCAUGGUUUUAUGAUAUAUUUUGUCUUUAUAUUAAUCAUUUGGUUUAGGCUAUGUAAAAAAAAAGUACAUUUUUUUACACAAAGAACUCAAAGUUUUUUAUAUUAUUGCUUAUCCUUUUUAAGUCACAAAGCCUUCAUUUGAAUCUUCAGUCUUAUAUUUGUAGAACACAUGAUAUGUAUAUUGGAUUUCUCAAUCAGUAGUAUAUCUUCUAAAUUACAAAUACACAAUAGUAGUGAGUAGGAAAUAUUGUCAGUGGACUAUUUGUACAAGUCCAUAAGUUUUGUGUAGAAAGAACUUCUCACAAAACAAAACAAAAUAGCUCUCUGCUCCUCAGUUUUCCCUUUUUAUUUAAAUUCUCCUACAUCAAAAUACUUACUGGUUCCUUAACAAGUAUUACUCUCUCCAGCUACCAAUUAAUGGAUCUUGCAACCUGAGCCUCUGGUUUAAUUUAAGAUGGCAACGUUGGAGGACCCUAAACUCACCUCCUUCUCACAUGCACGGAAUCUACAGCUACAUAUAGAGCAGUUCUCUUGGAAAGAAAUCUGAAAACUAACUGGAUGGACUCCUAUACAUUUGUGGAUAAAACACACAUCAAGGGGCCCUGGCUGGCUUAGUCAAUGGAGCAUCUCUUGACCCUGGGGUCAUGACUUCAAGCCCCACAUAGGACGUGGAGCCUGCUUUAAAAAAAAAAAAAAAAAAAAAAAAAAACAAAAUUCACAUCAAAAUGGGUAGGAGAGACUGGAAUAGUAUCUCGCCAUAAACUCCUCCAAGAGUGGUAAACCCACAGUCAGGCAGGAAACCCACAACUCUGAGCGGCUUUCUGGGAAGCAAAAUGUUUGAACCCCACAUCUGGCACCCCAUCCUUUAAGACCUGCACCGGAGAGAUGGGUCUGCAAAACAUCUAGCUUUGAAAGCCAAUGGGGUUUAUGUCUCGCAGGCUAUAUAUAGCAAACUGAGAAACAGUUCCUGUAGUGCUCCUGUGGAUUGACUUUGGCUAACCCCCCAGGGUACAAUGGAGAGGCAGCUGUCUUGUCUUCCAGUGAAAGAGACCUAUUUGCAUGUCUUAAAAACUUUGGCCUGGAGGGCAGGCAUCUAAUGUCAUACACACCUAGCAGGCAACUGAAAUACUCUUCAAAGCCCAUGAAGGCUGGAGGGCCCCAUCUUCCUGUUGUCCCUCCGCCUGGCUCUCAGCUGCUGGUAUCUUUCAGAAGGGAGCUUGUGCCCACAUCCGAGGCUUUGGUGCUUGUGGCUGCCACCCAGAGAAUGCCCCUUGGUGGCCUGGCACGAACAUCCAUGGGAUUUGCAAGACUGUAACAGAGAAGGAGCUAUUAACUGGCUAUACUCUAGGACACGGCACUGAGGCAGCAGCCAGAAGUGCCCCCCCCCCCCAGUCUUUCUGUGAAAGAGGCCUAUAGCUUAUCCACACAGCUGAGGCCUGAGGGAUUUAAUUUCUGUUUAAUUGAUGUUUUCUGAAUAUGUUGCCCUUUAGGGAACGGAGGUUGGAGGUGAAUAUACCACUUACCAGAGUAAAUCCACCUCAGAGGCAGAGCAGAUGCACCAAAUGGUUUCCACAAACCAGUGCAUCAGUUUAUCUUUUGAUCCAAUUAAAAUCUUAAGAUCUAUUGAACUUAUUUUCUAGUUCUAGUACUCUCAUGAGUGCAACCACUAAGCCAUAAUGCUGACAUUUUAAUUUGUUUUAAAUGUAGUCACCAUCCUUUGAUGCUGCUUUGAACUGUGCAUGAAUUUUGGUAUGAACAUCUGGCCUGUUUUCCCUUAAAUGACAUUUGUAGGACAACUUAGCAGAGCCUCCCUAGUAGUAUAUAGGUGGGGAAACAAUUUUUAAAAUACUCUCCAUAUGUAAAGAACUACAAUUCAAAAUAAAUUAUUCAUUUGCAAAGAAAGUAAUUUUAAAAUGUUUUUGUUCAAAGAUUAAUGCCAAGCCUUAGGAUUCAUUCUUUCAACAGCUCUAAGAUGUGUUUUAUAUAUUGUUUAGUGUUAAGUGCCUUUACGAAUAUGUCUAUGCUGCUUCUGCCCUUAAACAUUACAAAACAGAAACCUGAUUUUGAACAAGUUUGACUUCCUUAACUAAGAAUACUUUUGGAAAAUAUUCUAAAUAGGGUAGGAUUCUAUAUGUUAACUAUUUGUAAUUUCUUGGUGAUUUAAAGAAGCUAAAAAGUGUAUGGCAUCGGUACUGCACUUUUGAGAACUUUUUAAGCAGGCUGAGAAAUCAAUUAGGAAUUCAGAAUCAGUUGCGAACUCCUGUACGACAUCAGAGAGCCCUGGCUCUCCUAACAAGAAUGCCAGCCGGUGGGAAGAGUGAACACUGCGGCCUUGCAGAGGACUCUACUCUUUAAGGAAAUUGGAUUCCACUCUAAAUUCUGGCAAUGGGUCAUCUUCUCCCUACACUUGAAUAAAGAGGUGUCUUCCUUUAGACAAUGUCAUGUGAAAGGGGUGAGUUUAGCAGGAAUAUAUCCAUCAGUUAACCUCAGGUUGUAUCAAAAUCUUACUUUUUAAGAGCAUCUCAGGCUGAGUAAAAAUUCAGCCACGUAUUUCAGAAAAGAAAACGGGGUUUCUGCCUUGGUCACACAAGGGGACAGAAAGAGCAAACAGCUGAAGUAGCAUUUGAUGCUGGGGCCCAACAGAAGGGGGCCUGUGAGUCCUCACACCAGGCAGGGUCUCUCAAAGAAGCCCCAUGGGCAGAGGACGGCCCCUGGAAUUCAGAUGAUGCUUUUCCCCUUGUUUUGUUUUGUUUUGUUUUGCACUUUUAUAUAUUUAGCAGCACAAAUUAGGCCAAAGAAAUGUUUCCUGGAGAAGGAUGUGAUUGGGAAUGGAGCGCGCACCAGAGUUAAGAAUUGUCCUACAGAUAAAGGCCCGUUCGUGAGGCGCUGCGAGUGUUCCCUCGGGGAUCUGGGCAGGGACUUGGGGAAGAGAAGCUUGAACGUAAAGAAAGAGGAAAUCUGAAUUAAGCACAGCGGUGAAGUUUUAUAAUCCCCAUGCCCAGACUUUUCAGGGACGUAGCACUUGCUUAGAAAGAAGCAAGGGAUGGCUGUACUGUUUAUUUUUGACAAGCCGAAAUGGAGCGUCUUUCAACCAAAGAUCAUUAUGCUUUUGAAAACAGACUUUUAUAGUCGUUUCUGCUUCAGAUUUAGAUUUUUCAUUUUAGUAGAUUUAUAUGGCAAACGGAUGUAUAUGUGUAAAUAUAAAUUCUGUUUGUCAGAUAUUGACAAAUGCGUGGGCAAACCUUUAAAUGGAAAGUUCCAUGGAAAGAAACGCUUGGAGCCUGUGAACAGUGUGUACAGCUGUCAGAAUGGAUUUGCAGUGAAAGGAGAAGCCUCGUGGGCAGGGGUCUUUACCGUUCAUUGCUUGAAAAGUGGAUCUUCAGAUGUUGCAAAAAAUAAACCGUGAGCCGUGGAGAACCGUA